GACGGACAUUUCCAAAGAAGGGUCAGACGUGUGUGGUGCACUACACAGGAAUGUUACAGAAUGGAAAGAAGUUUGAUUCCUCUAGAGACAGAAACAAGCCUUUCAGGUUCAAGAUUGGCAGGCAAGAAGUCAUUAAAGGAUUUGAAGAAGGUGUUACACAGAUGAGCUUAGGACAAAGAGCAAAGUUGACCUGCACACCUGAGAUGGCCUAUGGAGCCACAGGCCACCCUGGGGUCAUCCCUCCCAAUGCUACACUCCUCUUUGAUGUGGAGCUUCUCAGGUUAGAGUGAACCUUCCAAUGGAGUUGGCUGGAGACAUCUGUUAAUAACCAUCCGUUCUUCCUUGCCUUGCCAGCGGUGGGAGAAAUCUUCACUGGAAUCCCAAACUUCCCUGCUCGAGCUGUCCUGUCAAUAGUGCCUGCCGCUUGGUUUCUUAUGCCUUCCACCUCUUUUUUAUCUGUGUGGUGUCCGUAUUUGCCUUUUAUUAGAAGCUUUGCUUUGAGGAAAAACCUCUGCCGGUGUUACCUUUUCAAGUUGUACAUUUUAUUUAAUUUGCAUGUACGAAGAAUUCACAGUGAUGAUUGAAAAUAUAUAUAAAUAUAAAUAUAUAUAUAUUCCUUAUUGAAAAACCACUGCCUUACUGUACACUUAAACCAAGAAAAAUAAAAACCACAAAAGGUGCUCAAAAAAGCAAAUCCAAUGUACACCUUGUACAUGAAUGGGCAUUAGCCAAACAGAGUUACCUGCGCUGCCACUUUUCUCAACUUGUACGUUCUGCUUGCUGCUGUUUUAAAAAAUACUGUCUCAUUUAAGAAUUGUAAGUAUAUAUAAAAAAACUCAAUAAAAUCUUGAUACUUUA